UGAGUGCGCCGUACUCGCCGUACUGCAGACUGAGCGUCAUUUUCGUCACUCCGUGUCUCUCGCUCCUUUGCGGGACGCCCCGUGAGUGCGAGAGAGACUACAGGGCGACGAAAACGACUCUCAGUCUGCCGCGGGCUUAGCGAACCUCGCGGCGAGGCAGUGCCAGAGCCGUCGGUACUGCCGAGUGAAGAGGCAUUUCGCCACUCCGCCUCUGUCACACUGGAUGGCUCCCCGCAAGGGUGCGAGAGAGGCAGAGCGAUGAUGUCGCUCGGCUGAGGCGCGCCUCGUUCCGCGUCGUGCGCAGACGGGCAGAUGCCAGCAUCCCCCACCGCAGCCACCCGCGGAGCCGCGCCGCCCGCGCUGCCCCACAAGAGCAUGCAGAUCGUCGGCGGCACGGCGGCGGACAUCAAGGACUUCGGCCACCAGGUGAGCUGGUUCUACGACGGCGCGCACCGCUGCGGAGGCUCCAUCUUCACCAACGAGUGGGUCCUCACGGCGGCGCACUGCUGCAUCGGGGCGUCGCCGUCGCCGCAGCACGAGCUGAUCGCGGGCACGGCGCUCAUCACGCCGCGGGGCCGCGCGCGCGGCCAGACGGUGGGGCUGGCCGAGAUGCACGUGCACCCGCGCUUCGACGUGCACAUCUACACGCACGACAUCGCGCUGCUGCGCGUCACGCCCGUCUUCGUCUUCGACGCCGUGGUGCACUCCAUCCCCAUCAUCGACCUCAGCGGGCCGCCCUUCGCCUCCGAGCCAGUCGUCAUCUCCGGCUGGGGCCUGCUUAAGGAGUUCUCGUCCUACCACACGCCCGUCCUGCAGAAGGUGAAGGUGUUCGUCAACGACAUCCACGCCUGCAGGAGCAAGUACUUGGAGGCGUCGUGGGCGCUGCCGGACACACUCAUGUGCGCGUCGGCCGACCGGAAGGACGCCUGUCAAGGCGACAGCGGCGGCCCGCUCAUCUACCGGCCCCCCGGCGACACGCUGGACCGCCAGGUGGGCAUCGUCUCGUCGGGCAUCGGCUGCGCCAGCAAGGACUUCGCCGGGCUGUACACGGACCUGCGCCACCCGGACAUGCGCGCCUUCAUCACCAGCGUCACGGGCUUCACGUUCUGACGGUCCGACCGACUGACCGACCGACCGGGACGUGAGGGGGCGGGUUUAAAGGGAGGGGGCAGCAGACCGUUUGCCCCCCUUCGGGCCCAGAAGUGCGCCUGGAAGUUAGAAAGAAAGCAACACUUUGCCCUUGUGAAUCGGCAAAAACCCACUCUUUGCCUCUGAAAAUAGGCUAAAAGCGCUCCGUCUCCCCCGUCCUUCUUAGUCUGGAUCCGCCCCGUGCCGCCCCUGCCGGCUGUCGCGUCGUCAGCCCCCUUUGCUCGGAGGGCCUCCUCGCUGCGCAAUGAGGAAGUUAAGGCAAAGCUCGGGACAGAUGGCGCCACCACCGCGCGGGCCGCCGGGCCAGGCCUCGGCUGAGGUCUCCGGGUCUGGCCGGGCUGUCGGCACGGUAUUUCUCGGAGUAUUGAUGAAUAACUCUCUAUAAAGACGUUAAGUUGACUUUCUGUGGCAAACGAGUCAGUAAUUCUGUAACGAAUGCAUUUCAUUAAGCCCCGCUAACGCUCUCGACGACGUUACUGCUUCCCCUGCUUCCCUGGCAGUGAGCCACCUGCAGUUAGUUACUUUGAGUGUCUCAAUAAGUACCAACUUUUAUUGGUGUUUUUCAUUGACACGUGGCAUAAUAUUUGUUGAGAAUUCCAAGACCACCAAGCAUCUGUAUUGCAUGGUAAAGUCUAUUGAAAUAUGCUCUUAUUUCUUAGUGAAUAUACUCACAUGUGUGUUCCUAGGUCUUUAGAUAGCUGCAUUAUACAACAUUUUCUGUUUUCCUUUUGGCAUCUAAUUUUCUUGAAGUAAAAGCCUUAUUUUGCAAACAAAAAUAUUGUUCUACGGCAAAAAUUACCAUACUUGGGUUGUCGUCCCAAAUUUAUGCUUGUCGAAGAAUUCCGUUGAAAGAUUAUGUCCUUUGCUGUCCAAAAGAAUACUCAAAUGUUUUGUUCGACAAAAUGAAUGGUACAAAGUACUUACAGAAAGUUGACUAGAUUGAAAUCCUAUUUUUAAAAGAGUUAAAUGCUAAAAAGACCAAUUUUUACCCCUUUUUGAGAAUUUUGGUUUUCGAAAGUUUGUAAAAAUUAUGCCAGCGUUGUGAUUGUGGUAUGUGGCAUGCGUAUUGACCAUAUAAAGAUCCUGGAAUUUUAUGGAAGGUACAUAUGGGAAAUCAACUUGCAUUUGGAUUCCUUAGUAAGUAAAAAUUCACAACGACAACUCAACUUUGAUAACAUUUGCCGUACAACAAUUUUCCUCCAAAAUGAUGCUUGAACUAGUGUACAGCCUUAACUGAGCGACAACGCUAUCUUUUUGAAGGCUGAAUACCUUUUACUCAGUCGAAAGCAAAAAACUGAGCGAAACAACUAAAAGUUAACGUAAACAUCCAUAAAUCGAAAACCAUACAGAGUUGGGGCCUGUAACUUUGGGAUUGAAUUCAUCUAUUAGUGGUUGGAUUUUCAUCCUUCAUAUCAGCCCUACAUCACAAACCAAAAAAAAUGAAGAACAUGAAAAUCUUACUUUACAACAGAAACAGAAUCCUAAAUUUUUCUUCUUUGUUCGCAAUCAAAUGCACAGAAUUCUAUCAUUUUGUGUGAAUAUUAUAAAAUUUAUGUAACAUAAAGAGGACCCAAUUGUCUUGCUUUGGCUGACAAGCAAGCACAACACUAGCAUACAGCCCAGGCUGGUCCAGGCAGUCCCGGCCCAAGCGAUGGUGGCGCCACCCGUGGCCGAGUUUGGCAGUUAACUUCCUCAUGCAAGCUGCGAGCUUGGCAGUGCCGGUCCUUAAGUUCAAGUUCAAGUCGCCGACCCUUCCUCAGCCCAGGCGACGUCCGCGUACGAUGGGUUGCCUAGCGCCACGGCGGCCAAGACUCCCUCCCUUCCUUCUUCUUCGUCGGCAAGGACCUGCCAACUGCCACAGGCAAAUCUCAACUCGCGUGCCACGUAUGCGUCUCGCAUCGAUUUGUAUUGCCCUGAUUGAAGACACAUUAAAGGCCGAUUGAGAAAGA